CCCCUAAACAGGGGACACAUGAAGGGAAAUAUCAAUCUCUAGCUGUUGACUUGCAAGUUGCAACGACUUGGAAAUUUCGUUAUUGUGUUUGGCUGGAUUACAAUGUGCUAAAAACUAAGAAUCAUCCCAUGAUUUCAUUGGUAAUUUCGUAUCAUAGAGUUUGGAGGCAUGAAGCAUGUUCAAUCUCCGUUACGACUAUCUGUGGCACUUUAAACGUGAGCGGGCCCUCUGAUGUGAGUAUUCAACUACUCAUCCAACAGCGUGCGUUCAUAAAAUGGAGAAAUGCUUGGGAAGCAUCAGAUGCUAUGAGCAGAAGUGGAUCAGGAUCACCUCCUAUACAUGAGCCUUGCUUGCAUGUCCUCACAAUUACAUAACUCUUUUAAUCAUGUACCGUUGUGUUAUCAUUAGCAUCAUCCUCUACUGUGUGUUGAGCAGAACCACUUUGUGCAGUUAUGUGGAUCCACAGUUUGAAGCAUGUAAACCCCAAACAUGCGGCAACCAAUCCAUAAGCUACCCUUUCUACAUCCAAUACAAGCAGGAACCUUUCUGUGGGUACCCUGGUUUUGGCAUCUCUUGUGAUAGUAAUGGCUUCCCAGUUCUCAAUCUCUCUUAUACUCCUUACAUCAUCCAUCAAAUAUUCUACCACAACCAAUCACUCAGAGUCUCCAAUGCUGCCUUUUCAUCAACCAACACCACCACAGCUGAUUAUUGUAUUUCCCUUACACGGAACCUCACCCUUCCCUCAACCAAGAUCUUCACUCUUGUUCAUCAGAAUUAUAAUAAGGACAUCUUACUGUUCUUCGGCUGUAACCUGUCAUCCCUGCCCACAGAGUCGACAAAUUACAGAAUUGGGUGUUCUGAAGCGAACAACAAAACGGGUGGUUCGUUUCUGGCAUUGUAUAAGGACGAUGUCAAAACGGUAAGCUCGGUGUCUAAGAGUUGCGGGAGGAGCGGAGAGGUGGUGCAGGCGGGGGUGGAAGAGAGUGAAGGAGGAGGGAUACAAGAGGCGCUGAGGAGAGGGUUCAUGCUGAAUUGGAAUGCGAGUGAUUGUAAGCCGUGCAGUAGCAGCGGAGGAAGGUGUGGCUUCAAUGUAACUAUGUAUUUUUUCCAGUGUUACUGCACUGAUAGAAUUCAUGCUUCCAGAUGUGUUAUUCCAGAUGGUAGAAGCAAGGCUUCCAUGAAGAUUGGACUUGCACUCGGACUAGAUGGUAGAAGCAAGGCUUCCAUGAAGAUGGGACUUGCACUCGGACUAGCUGCUGCGGUUACUCUGCUGUUAGUAAUGGUCACCCUCUACUACACAAGACGGAAGAAGCAAAACCCGAAACACCUUCUGGUUGAUGCCUUUCUGGAGAGGCAUGGAUACCUUCAAAUCAAGAGGUACAGCUAUUCCGACAUGAAGAAAAUGACCAACUCCUUCAAAAACAAACUAGGUGCAGGGGGAUUUGGCAGUGUAUACAAAGGACAAUUAAAGGAUGGACGACAUGUUGCAGUGAAGAUCCUAAGUGAAUUGAAAGGUGAUGGUGAAGAUUUCAUCAAUGAAGUUGUGAGCAUGAGCAGAACUUCUCAUGUUAACAUUGUUGCUCUUCUUGGCUUCUGCUUUGAAGGUUCUAAACAAGCUUUGGUUUAUGACUUUAUGCCUAAUGGGUCCCUUGAGAAGCUACUCUCUGAUGAACAUGACGUGAUAGGGGAUCGCCAAUUAGAUUAUCAAACUUUAUAUGAUAUUGCAAUUGGUGUUGCUAAAGGACUAGAGUAUCUGCAUAAGGGCUGCAAUACUAGAAUUCUGCAUUUUGAUAUAAAGCCUCAUAACAUUCUCUUGGAUGAGAAUUUCUGUCCCAAAAUUUCAGACUUUGGACUUGCCAAAGUUUGUACAAGAAAAGAAAGCAUGGUAUCGAUAUCUGGUACAAGAGGAACUGCAGGUUAUAUUGCCCCAGAGGUAUUUUCUAGGAAUUUUGGUGUAAUAUCACAUAAGUCGGAUGUUUAUAGUUAUGGAAUGAUGGUUUUAGAGAUGGUUGGGAGAAGGAGGAAUAUCAAGACUGAAGUAGAUGCUUCAAGUGAAACGUAUUUUCCUUAUUGGAUAUACAAUAGACUUGUGUCAAAUCAAGAGCUUGGUCUGCGGAGUAUAAGCAAUGAAUUUGAUAAUGAGAAGGUAAGAAAGCUGAUAAUAGUGAGCUUAUGGUGCAUUCAAACUAACCCUUCAAAUCGGCCAUCAAUAAGUAAGGUGGUGGAAAUGCUAGAAGGAAGAAUUGAAUUGUUGCAAUUGCCGCCUAAACCAUUUUGGUUUUCCCCCUCGGCCUCUCCCUAAAUUAUUUGAAACAUUGUAAUUAAUAUGUUCUGUACAUGUAAUUAGUCGUCUUUCUUAUAUAAUAGUAGCCUCACGACAAAUUUACUAAAACAUCUUAUGGAUAAAGGGAAAAAUCUUUGUAUUAGCUUUGUUUAUGUUUGAAGUGGUUUAUACUAAUUUU